AAUUAGCACAUACUGGGACGACUGGGGAGAGUCACGUUUCCACAGUAGCUUCAGAUUAAAAAGUGGGGAAAAAACAGAAAAAAGUGCAUGCGAGUGAAAUAGAUACUAAUUUUGUUUACUUGUUUGGGUUGCUUGUGUUUGUAAGGAGUUGGGGGCUAACUGUUUUAGAUGAACAACAGCGACAACACAGAGAAAGGGGAGGGUGGAGUUCAAUAGGAGAGAGAGAGAGAGAGAUUUAUUUCCACAGCUGACAGUACAACUCUGGUGUUUGGAGGGGAAAGAGGGACUCAGAACUCAGAAAGUGGACAAAUAAAACUGACAUUAUGGACACGUUGGCUUUAGAGGCCACGCAGCCCAAAAAGGCCCAGAAUGGAGCCGGGCCAGGGGUCCCUGGGCCCCCGACUCCUGCAAAACGCAAACCUGCUAAAAAGACUAAGAAAGCUGUGGUGUUUUUUGAGGUGGAGAUUCUGGACGCCAAGACGAAGGACAAGCUCUGCUUUCUGGAUAAGGUCGAGCCCAAUGCAACAAUCGGAGAAAUCAAAUCCAUGUUCCACAAGAGCCACCCUCAGUGGUAUCCGGCUCGACAGUCCAUCCGCUUGGAUCCCAAGGGUAAAUCUCUGAAGGAUGAGGAUGUGCUGCAGCAUCUGCCUGUAGGAACCACUGCAACCUUCUACUUCAGAGACCUGGGGGCGCAGAUCAGCUGGGUCACGGUGUUUCUGACGGAGUACGCCGGCCCUCUGCUCAUAUAUCUGAUGUUUUACUUCCGAGUGCCCUUCAUUUAUGCACCCAAAUACGACUUCACCACCAGCAAACACUGGGUCGUACAUUUGGCCUGUAUGUGUCACUCCUUUCACUACGUGAAGAGGCUUCUGGAAACACUUUUCGUCCAUCGCUUCUCACAUGGGACUAUGCCUCUCCGCAACAUCUUUAAGAACUGUACAUACUACUGGGGCUUUGCAGCUUGGAUGGCCUAUUAUAUCAACCACCCGCUCUACACACCGCCCAUCUAUGGAGAGCAGCAGAUCAGACUGGCCCUCACUGUGUUUCUGUUCUGUCAGAUUGGAAACUUCUCCAUCCACAUCGCCUUGAGGAAUCUCCGACCACCCGGCUCUAAGACUAGAAAGAUCCCGUACCCGACUAAAAACCCCUUCACCUGGAUCUUCCUGCUGGUUUCCUGCCCCAAUUACACAUAUGAGCUGGGCUCAUGGCUGGGCUUCACCCUGAUGACGCAGUGUUUGCCGGUGGCCUUCUUCACUCUGGUGGGCUUCAUUCAGAUGACAGUGUGGGCCAAAGGAAAGCACCGCAGCUACCUGAAGGAGUUUCGAGAUUACCCCACGCUCCGCUCGCCCAUCCUGCCCUUCAUCCUGUAGAAGAGAGAGCGUCCCGCAGUGUUUUAACCCCCCAUCAGCUCUCUUUUAUAGCUCUGACACACUGAUUCCCCGUAACAGUCAGAUCCACAGGCUCCACAUCGCCCCCUGUGGGUUGCGUCUACAAAUAUCCACAUUUUUUCCACAAAUCAAACACACAAGGGUUUGUUAUUUUUUUUGCAUUGUACAAUUUUCAUUAGUGAUGUAACAUUGAGUUGUGUGCUGACAUGCGCAUGCAGAUUAUUCCUGCUGAUUGUAAUUAAACACUUAUAGCCGGAUAGUGUGAUUUGCAGCAAUGCAUGCUGGGUGGAAAGUAACUAAGCAUUAAAAAUAGCUUCUUGUGGCGGAUACAGGAAAAUGAAGGAACCUGCUGGUGUUGAAAGUGCUUUAUAAAUAAAUUGAGUUGUUGAAGGAAAUACGAAGCAGCAAAUAUGAAACCUUAUUUACUAUCGUCUGUUUCUAGUUUGCAUCAUGGCUCCAGUGAUUAUACAAGUUCUGUAGGCAUUAAAUAUUGCCUGCUCACUUUUCA